CAAGUUCUGCAAAGGGGUCGUGGUUUUAACAUUUCCCUUGUUUUUUACUCGUACGUUCAACUGGGUGCGACGCCUUCACCAAGCAGAGGCUAUAAUGGCUCUUAAUCAAACUGUCUGAAUCCAGAGCACUGGCUUUCAAAACCAAUAAAUGCAUUCAAGACGAGAGCACCUGAAACCAAAAGUAUCUGCUUUUUUAGUUGGUUUUAUUAUUCUCUCUCUUAUCUCUCCGCCGUGUCUCUGAAGCUCCUCAAGAAAGAAGGAAAAAAUGGUGGCUUGGUGCUAUGCGUGUUUCUGCGUGUGGGUUCUGGUAGGAGGUAGAGCUAUGGCAGCUAGCACUGGUGCGCAGACGAGAGAGCUGGACAAGACGCCCACAUGGGCUGUUGCUGGUGUCUGCGCUGUUAUCAUCAUCAUUUCCAUCGCCUUGGAAAAGGUCCUUCACAAACUUGGAACGUGGCUUACAGAAAGGCAGAAGAAAGCUUUAUUUGAAGCUCUAGAGAAGGUUAAAGCGGAGCUGAUGGUUCUAGGUUUCAUCUCACUACUCCUGACCUUUGGGCAGAGUUACAUUUCCAGAAUAUGUCUUCCUGCAAAGGUUUUAAACAAUAUGUUGCCAUGUUCUUCUGGCUCAAGUACAGAAAGUCAUCGCAGAUUAUUAUGGUAUGACCGUAGAGUUUUAGCGGCUGGUAGCUACGCUCCUAGUUGUGACGAUGGUUAUGCACCGCUUAUAUCUGUCAAUGGAUUGCAUCAGUUGCACAUCCUCAUAUUUUUCUUAGCAGUCUUUCAUGUGGUGUAUAGUUUUCUCACAAUGAUGCUUGGCAGACUAAAGAUUCGCGGCUGGAAGGAGUGGGAGCGGGAGACCACAUCCCAUGACUAUGAGUUUUCCAAUGAUCCUUCAAGAUUCAGGCUCGCUCAUGAGACAUCAUUUGUUAGAGCUCACACCAGUUUCUGGACAAGGAUCCCAUUCUUCUUUUAUGUUGGAUGCUUCUUUCGACAAUUUUUUAGGUCUGUUAGUAAGUCUGACUACUUAACCUUGCGCAAUGGGUUCAUCACUGUCCAUUUAGCUCCUGGAAGUAAAUUUAACUUCCAAAAGUAUAUCAAAAGAUCAUUAGAGGAUGACUUCAAGGUAAUCGUUGGAGUAAGUCCUGUAUUGUGGGCAUCAUUCGUGAUUUAUUUGCUAUUGAAUGUUAAUGGAUGGCAGGCAUUGUUUUGGGCGUCCUUAAUGCCUGUGAUUAUAAUCUUGGCUGUUGGAACAGAACUUCAAGCCAUUUUAACGAAGAUGGCUCUUGAUAUCUCUGAAAGGCAUGCAGUGGUCCAAGGGAUUCCACUUGUGCAAGGCUCAGACAAAUACUUUUGGUUUGGUUGGCCUCAGUUAGUUCUUCAUCUUAUCCAUUUUGCUCUGUUUCAGAAUGCAUUCCAAAUAACAUAUUUCUUGUGGAUAUGGUACUCGUUUGGGCUGACUUCUUGCUUCCACGAUAAUUUGAAGCUUGCUAUUAUAAAACUUUGUUUAGGGGUUGCCGUCCUAUGCAUCUGCAGCUACGUAACACUUCCGCUAUAUGCCCUUGUUACUCAGAUGGGUUCAUCCAUGAAGAAAUCCAUUUUUGACGAACAAACAUCCAAGGCCCUUAAGAAGUGGCACAUGGCUGUUAAAAAGAAACGUGGGGGCCGGGGAGGAAAAUCCCCUACUAUAACACUAGGGGGCAGCCCUGCCUUAUCAACGGUGCACUCCUCUGGACACACAUUGCACCGCUUCAAAACUACUGGUCACUCAACCCGCGGGUUCGCCUACGACGAUAACGAGACCUCUGAUUUUGAAGAUGGUUCUUUGUCUCCCAUCUCAUCUACAACCAACUUGAUUGUAAGAGAAGAUGAUGAUGAGCAACAAACUGAGAUCAAUGAACCUCACUAUGAAGAAGAAACCAGAAAUGAAGAUGACUUCUCAUUCGAUAAACCUGCACCACUAAAAGAACCGUGAUGCCUGUGUUGACAGUUAUUAUCCAAAAUUAAUAUCAAUAUUUGUUACAUGUAUUGUGAAAAAAAAUAAUAAUAAUAUUGUAGUCAUUGGAAUCCAGCCAGCUAUAAAUAGAGAAGCAUUUUUGUACA